AUGGACCAUAUGGAGGCCGAGGGCCCCGAGAGUGAUGGGAAGGAGACACUUGGCAGACGUGCAUGUGACCAAUGUCGUCUACGAAAGAUUAUCUGUCGCUCGACCGGGGCAGGCCAGAAGCCGUCAGAGCCGCGCAAGCGGGUCUUGAUCUCCAGUCAAUAUGAAAGGAAGAUUGACCUGAUCGAGGAGCGCCUGGGGAGCAUCGAAAACCUCCUGCGUGAACUGAGGUCGAACACUGCGACCACCGGCAGUGGUCCCGAGUCAUACUACCAUUCCACCCCGAUCUCCAGCCGGAUGAGUCCCUCAGCCACGGGCCAUGCCUCGAGCGGUCCCGUGCCCGUGGAGGACCCCGAGGCGACCCCAGCUUUUGAGGGCAACUCGUCGCUCGCCGCGCACUCGGCCUACGCGAGCGAGUUCCUGGAGACGGCCGUCUCGCGCAGCGCGCUGCAGGUGUCUUCACCCACGAUCCAGGCCGCCCUCUCCACCCUGAAGCAGAUGGUCAGUAUGCAAGACCAUCAGGCUCACUCCCCGGCCCGCGAGAUCCGCUUCCCCAAUCAGAAGAGCAUCCUGGGGUCCGGCAUCCGGGACCUCGCCAUGCCCCCUGUCCAGGUCGUUCUGUCCCUCCUCCGCAAAUUCAAAGAGAAACCGAACAGCUUGCAAGGCGUCUCUCCGUUCCUGACGUGCGAGCGGCUCAUCGAGAAAUGUCGCGAGGUCUACUUCGCCACCGACGAGUUCUCGGACGCGGCGUUCAUCAUUGUACACGGCGGGCUCUAUUAUGUCAUCAGUGAAUACAUCACUACGGUCGAGGAUCCCAAGACGCGCGAAGAGUUCCAGCGGUAUCUCCGGCUGUGUCAGACGAAUAUUGAAACGGCGCUUGCCAACUUGAGUAUCUGCAUGCCGGCACGGGCGGAGUACGUCGAAGCACUGGCGAUGGGGGCGCUCUACGCGAUUGAGAUGUCGAAGCCGUCGUUCGCUUUGACGCUGACCUCGACGGCAGCCCGGCUCUGCCAGACUCUGGGGUAUCAUCGGACGCCCGCGACAGACCUGGACACAGAGAGCCUCCGCGGCCGCCAGUUGUUCUGGACGAUCUACACCCUCGACAGAGCCAUAUCCUUACGACUGGGCCGGGCGUCGACGAUCCAGGAUUAUGAUAUCACCAUGCUCGGGCCGAACGAAAUCACAGGGGCACAGGAGCCUUGGAACAGCAUUUUCUCGAUCUGGAUCAAGUUCGCUACUCUUCAGGGGAAAGUGUAUGAGAAGCUGUACAGUCCCGCGGCGUUGUCGCAGCCCGAGAAUGAGAGGGCGGAACAGGCUCGCCAGCUGGCUGCGCAGGUGCUGGAAACUGUCGAGGAGCCGUUUGACCACAUCCUGAACACCCAGAAGAUCUCUCGCAUGGACAGAAUGUACUUAUGGUCGGACAAGAUCGCCAGGAAAUCGGUUCUGACGCUGAUCUACCGAGCGAUUCCUCCCCCUCGAGACUCGCAGAGCACUUUCGUCAUAGAAUGUAUUGCAACCGCUCGAGACGCACUCGAGUUACUGAAGGAAACCAUGAUCGAGGUCAAGGAGAUGACCGAGAAUAUCCAGGCGUCUUAUCUACACUGGACGGUUCUCUACGCUCCCUUCGUGCCCUUCGUGGUCUUGUUCUGCCACACGAUAGCGACGUCCUCGUGGGAGGACCUGAACCGCCUUGAGGAAUUUGUUCUUUGCGUCCAGCCCAACUGUUUCCUUUCGGAGGCCAUCGCCAAGCUGUACCGCCUGUGUCAGGUGCUCAGCAAUGUCGCCAGGCUGUACAUCGAGGCCAAGGCGCAGGCGCAGGCGCGCGAGGAUCGGAACCUUGCGUCCGUGGGGCAGGAAUUCGAUGUCUAUCUGAGCGCGCUAGGGCUUGCGCCUGCGGCGGCCCAUGAUGGCGAUGCGGGCUGGACCUCGGUGCCUACUACGACUGCUGCUGCUGCUGGGGCAGGGGCAGGGGCUGUGCCCGGGGCGAUAAGGUCCGGGAACGACGGACACUACGCAGAGGCUCCGAUGCCGCAGACGGAUCAACUGGGAAAUUGGUUCUCGGGCAAUCAGCACAUGAUGGGAUUGUUGGAGGAGGAUCUGUCUGUUUUCGAUCCUUCGUGGACAGGAUGA